GCUUCCGCCCUCCCCUCGCCAGAACGCUACUAGCCACACUCUCUCUUGAGGCCGCCAGACAUGUACGAGUACGACCCUGGAGGCAGCUCCUCGUCCCGGCCGCACGGCAAGGAGGAGCUGAAGCCGGAAGUGGUUCUCUACACGGCGUCCGCGUCCGCCGACCUCUACUCCUUGCGCGCCCUGCUGCGGGGUUACGGCCUGGCCAUGGACGAGCGCCAUGUGUCCAGGAGCAACAAAGCGCACCACGGCGAGCUCAAGUCGUUGCUUGCGGCUCGGGCCUGCGUCUUCUCCCUCCCGCAGCUCCUCGUGGGCGGCCCUAAAGAUGUUAGGCAGCUGCACCGGGCCGGCGGGCUGCGGCCUCUCCUCGACGGCGCCCCAAGGCCGUACGCCGCCUUCGUCUGCCAAGCCUGUAAGAGGGUCGGCUCCGAGCCCUGCCCAAAGUGCAGCGAGUCCCGCAACAAGAUGCUGGAUCACGGCGUUAUUGCCGACGAGCAGGACAAGGUUGUCCAUUUUUAUCCAACCCAAGACCACAUGCAGGCUGAAAUGAGUGAACACCCACAAUUGAAGCUGAGGUUCAUGAGUGGAAUGGCUUGGCUAAGAUUUGAGGCGGAUGCAAUGACUAAUCUCUUGAAGCUCACGCUCGUUUUUGAUGCCAUCCCCCAAAUGGACCAACGGCUUGAACUUUUUUCAGAGUCUGAGCAGUGGAAACAAUAUCUACAUGGUACUGCAUUAAUCAGCAUCGAGCAUAUGACAGACCUUAGAGAGGUCUGCGCAAAAUUUGGGGCUGCAGCUGCUGAUCUAGAGUAUGUCUCCAGUAAUCAUCCUAUAAUUGACGUGCAACUGGUGGAUUCCGGUUCCCAUGGUGAUAAAAGCUAUGCAGAGGCUGGGCUUUCUUUCAAUACAAUUGUAUCACCUCGAUAUAUCUAUUCAAUGAAAAGUCCUUUAUCGAAAAAAACUGUUCAUGCUCUGACGAAGCUAUCAGUAAGGUCACCGGAGUCCACUUCCUGCCCGUUGCAUGUUCCAGGAGCAGGAGCUGGUGGAGAGGUUUCAUGGGGCAAUAUCAUUGGUGUGAUAGGUCAUGACCUCUUAAUCCAUUGCCUCCACCGCCUCUCCAGGUGGGAAUAUGGCGCCAUCGCCUCCCUCAACCGUGAUUUCAGUUCGGUGGUUCGCAGCGGAGACAUCUACCGCCUGCGUCGCAAGAAUGGGGUCAUAGAGCACUGGCUCUACCUCUCCUGCAAUAAUAAUCCCCACAAGUGGAAGGCUUGUGACCCGUCCACUGGGCGCUGGAUCCAAGUGCCCAAGAUGCCACCGACUCAAAGCUCCUACUGGGAUUCGCUUGCUGUAGGAACCGAGCUGCUGGUGUUUGGGGGCUACGGAAGGGUUGCCUUGAGAUAUAGCAUCCUUACCAAUUCAUGGACAUGGCUGGCUGAUGUGAUGAACAACCCGCGGUACUGGUUUGGGUCAGCAAGUGUCGGUGAAAAGGCGUAUGUCGCGGGAGGCAAGGAUUCUUCUUCUGGUAAUGUAUUAAGCUCUGCAGAGAUGUAUGACUCCGAGAAAUAUACUUGGACACCCCUUCCAAGCAUGAAUAGGGCUAGGUACGGAUGCUCUGGUGCGUUCAUGGAUGGCAAGUUCUAUGUGAUCGGUGGUGUUAGCAGUAGGCACGAGGUAUUGACAUGCGGUGAGGAGUAUGACUUGAACCGGCGGUCAUGGAGGGUCAUCGACAACAUGUCUCAGGGCCUCAACGAGACAAUCAUGGGGGCUCCUCUGCUACUUGCAGUUGUAAACAGUGAGCUUUAUGCUGCUGAUUACAGAGAGAAUAAUGAUUUGAAGCAGUAUGAUAAGCUGGACAACAAGUGGAUCACUCUUGGAAAAUUGCCUGUACGGUCUAAGUACAAAGAUGGCUGGGACAUGGGUUUCCGAGAAUGUGGUGACCGGCUGAUUGUUAUUGGGCCUCCAAACAAUUCUACUGAUGAAAAGGUGGUGGAGCUUCAUUCAUGGAUCCCGGAUGAGGAACCGCCUGUAUGCAAUUUGGUUGCAACUCAGCAAUUUACCAGUGAGGGGCCGUUUUUGUACUGCGCUGUGAUGGGUUGCUGAGUCAGUACACUGAAGAAUGACUGGCUGCAUGCAUAAUUACCAUGUGCUGCGAUCUGGGAGGGCCUUCUCAUGUCUGAAUUUCCUGGAAGCAUCAACUACAAAAAGAGAAGACAUCAAUAAAUUUCAGGUGGAACAGCCUGAACAAGCAUCCGGACAUUUUAGUUGCUAGAAGUUAAUUUUUGUUGCAAUUUGGAUUCCAAAAAAGUUUGGAUGCUUUCCACGGCAUUCUGAUGAUCUUCAUUUUCAUCACCAACUUUAAAUGUACUUUAUCUGUACCGUAGCACGUUACCGUCGGUUACGUUUGAACA